AUGGGAAGAGGCAAGUUCAAGGGGAAGCCCACACGCGAACGCGUAUUCUCCAGUGCAGCUGAGAUACUUGCUGGCACUUCUGCUGCACGUCCUAAGUCUUUCAAGAAGAAAGAAGCUGAAUAUGAAGAGGAUAUCGAAGAGGAGUAUGAGGAGGAAUCUGAAGAAGAAUCCGAAGAUGAGUGUGAUGUGAAGAAGAAAGGUCAUGAAGCUCUUAUCGAAGUUGAAAACCCUAACAGGGCAAAACCAAAGACCUUGAAAGCUAAAGACCUUGAUGCUAUAAAGACCACUGAGCUCUCAAGGCGCGAAAGAGAGGAGCUAGAGAAGCAGAGAGCUCGUGAGCGAUACAUGAGGUUGCAGGAGCAAGGCAAAACCGAACAAGCAAGAAAGGAUUUGGAUCGUUUGGCUCUGAUUCGCCAACAGAGAGAAGAAGCUGCCAAGAAGCGAGAAGAGGAAAAAGCAGCGAGAGACGCCAAGAAAGUAGAUGCUCGCAAAUAA